AUGACUGAUGAACUUUUAAGAGACAUAUCAUUCAAUCUGAUCGCCGCCGGCAGAGACACCAUAAGUUCAGGCCUCACUUGGUUUUUCUGGCUCGUCGCAACACACCCAUCAGUAGAAUCAAAAAUUCUUGCAGAAAUAAAAUCAAAUUUUCAGAAAAAUGGGGACACUGAUAGACUCGUUGAAAGUGCAGAUGAUAAGUUGAAGAAAUUCAUUUAUCUCCACGCCGCCUUCUGUGAAACGUUAAGACUAUACCCACCGCUGCCAAUCAACCACAAAACGGCUGCGAAAGCAGACGUUCUUCCCAGUGGUCAUUUUGUGAAGAGAAAUGAAAGGGUGUUGCUUUCGUUUUACACAAUGGCCAGGAUGGAGGAAAUAUGGGGAGAAGAUUGCUUAGAAUUCAAGCCGGAGAGGUGGAUUUCGAAGACGGAAGGGUUUGUUCAUGUUCCUUCUUAUAAGUUUGUAGCAUUUCAUGCUGGACCCAGAAAUUGUUUGGGGAAGGAUCAGAGUUUCAUUCAGAUGAAGAUGGCUGCCAUUGUUAUCAUCAAGAGUUAUCAUGUGCAGGUGGUGGAAGAUCAUCCUAUUUCGACUAGUGACUCCAUUGUUCUUCAUAUGAAGCACGAUUUGAAGGUUCGGGUUUCCAAGAGAAAGAUCUGUUGA